AUGGACACUUUUAACACAACAUGGAAUCGAAUUCUUUCUAUUAGCGUUCACGUACAAAGAUCGGAUUAUUCAGCAGCUUUCAAGGAUGGCAAAAUUUACUUUAUUGGUGUCAAAACAUUAUUAUCCUAUACGGUGGCUCAAAAAUCGAAUCGUUCAGGAAUUCCAGCCGAUUAUUUGAUUAGCUUAGACUUGCAAAUGUUCGAAUAUUCAGUGAUUGCAACUUAA